CUUCCGCGGUGCAGUUUAGAGGCGUCGUUUUAGCAGCAGAGUAAGAGAGAGAGAGAGAGAGGUUCUUAAUUUACAUGUUACUCUGCAAUUGAGAGAGAGAGAGAGAGAGAGAGAGAGAGAGAAGGGGAAAAUGGGGUACGUACUGAGAGUGAGAUUGGCGUCGUUCUUCACUGGGGCUGCAACGGCGUCGUUUGCGGGUCUCUACAUCCUUCACAGGGAUUACAAGGUUGCGCAGGAAUCCUUCACUCAACAGAUGAAUGGUCUCUACGAGUCACUAGACAGUCGAAUUUCUUCCUUGGAAAAACUGAAACAAAAUGAAACUUCCCAACAGGUGGAAGCAACAGAAUAAGUGUCCGGAUUGAGUCAUCCAUCGUGGUUAAUUGUUGUAGGAAAAAAUUGAUUGGAUGUACUCACUAUGAAAAGUGACUUUUCUCAGUUUACUCUCGUCAGGAAUAAGUUAAAUUUAACUCAUUUUAUGGCAUCUCAUCUGGCUGAAAUAUUUCACCUGAAGAGUAGGGAUCAGUUCUCUAUCCGGAUGUAUUUUGGAUUAUUUUUUGAGCCUAGAGCAUUUUGCUUUUAUGGCUGUUAUAUGUGGUGAUUAAUGUAUUCUUGGGAGAUGUGUUUUCUUUUUU